AUUGUUGCCUGUUGGUCUCAACCAAGUUACGAGAGUUCUAGAUUCCGAAACAAGCUCGGACCUCGACCUCGAUCUCUGCUUGGUUUUUUGGUUUUUUUCUACCUGGAUGUGUGAAAUUUUUCCCUCAGACGCUCACCAUAAGAAGAUAAAUUCCCUAAUACACGAGAAGCGACGCGACCCGGCCAGUAAUCCGACCCCAAAAGCAUCGACUUCCACUAUUUUCUAUUUUUUAUCAGACUCAAAUUCAGCAAUUUUUCAGGUAAAUACUGAAAUUUGGGUUGCUUCUAUGAGCCGAUUAGACCAUUGUAUGACGCUUCAUGAGUAGGUAAUGAAGGGUUUCUGUGAGAGAGCUGUUGCUUCAGAUUUUUCUUCAAAAACUUUAACAGAUACCUCAAAUAGAAGCCCGACAUCCUUAACUUCAGACCCAGGAAUCAGUGAUAGUAAGUUCCCCAAGGCCUCCUUAUGGUCAAGUUUCUUUGCAUCUGCUUUCUCGGUCUUUGAAACACAUAGUGAGCCAUCAGGUAGUGAAAACAAGGCAUCUCAUAGUGAUUCACCAGCUUAUGAAGUCCAUGCCAAACAAAAUGGGUGGACAGCCGCUGUGAAAAAGGCUGUGGCUAUUGGCUCAAUGAGGAGACUUCAGGAGCGUGUGCUAGGGUCAACCAGGACUGGCAUUUCUAGCUCAACUAGUGACAUAUGGCUUUUAGGUGUGUGCUAUAGAAUCUCACAAGAGUCAUCUGGAGAUGCUGAUACUAGCAAUGGAGUACCAGCAUUUGAACGAGAUUUUUCAUCAAGAAUUUUGAUGACAUAUCGAAAAGGUUUUGAUGCUAUUGAAGAUUCAAAAUAUACCAGUGAUGUAAACUGGGGUUGCAUGCUUCGCAGUAGUCAGAUGCUUGCUGCUCAGGCGUUGCUUUUUCAUCGAUUAGGGAGAUCUUGGAGGAAACCUCUGCAAAAGCCGCUGGAUCGCGAAUACAUUGAGAUUCUUCACUAUUUUGGGGAUUCUGAGGCAUCACCUUUCUCUAUCCACAACCUUCUUCAAGCUGGAAAGGCUUAUGACCUAGCUGCUGGGUCAUGGAUGGGCCCUUAUGCCAUGUGCCGCACAUGGGAAACUCUAGCCCGCUUUCAAAGAGUAGUAACUGACCUUGAGGACCAGCCACUUCCUAUGGCUAUUUAUAUUGUUUCUGGAGAUGAAGAUGGGGAGCGAGGUGGAGCUCCUGUUCUUUGCAUUGAAGAUGCCUCGAGGCAUUGUUGUGAGUUUUCAAGAGGUCAAGCUGAUUGGACACCCAUUCUUUUAUUGGUUCCUUUGGUUCUUGGACUUGAAGAAGUCAAUCCCAGAUAUAUUCCUUUGUUGCGGGCAACAUUUAUGUUCCCACAGAGCCUUGGCAUCUUAGGUGGGAAGCCUGGGGCUUCAACAUACAUUGUUGGUGUGCAAGAUGAAAAAGCUUUCUUCCUUGAUCCACACGAUACUCAACCGGUAGUUAACAUUAGUAGGGAUGAUGUAGAGGCUGAUACAUCAUCUUACCACUGCAAUAUCAUUCGGCACAUAUCGUUGGACUCAAUUGAUCCAUCCUUAGCAAUUGGAUUUUAUUGUCGAGACAAAGAUGAUUUUGAUGAUUUUUGUCUCCGGGCGUCCAAGCUAGCUGAUGAAUCAAAUGGUGCCCCAUUAUUUACCGUGGCUCAGAAGCAUAAUUUGUCGAAACCAGUUAGUCACUCUGAAUCUUCGGUCAGCACUGAUGGGCUCCAACAUGAUGAUUCCUUUGGUGUGGUGGCCAUGAGUGAUGCCGAGGGCCAUGCACAUGAGGAUGAGUGGCAACUCCUUUGAUUAAAGUUAACUUGGUGGGUUCUCAGGCCGGCAAGAAGAUUGAAAAUUGUUUUACAUGAUUUGAUUUGUGUUGGGUCUUAUAUGUGCUAAUUCCGCGAAGUUCAGCCUUGCUCCUCCAGUUGAUUGGAUCUUACAUUUGUAGAAAGUACAUUAAAUUACUACAAUUCUUUUUAUGUAUUCUAUCAAUAAAUUUUCAAGUGUUAAUAUGAUAAAUUAAUUGGAGAUUGUUA